AUGCCAGUAGACAAAACGCCGUUGUUUCGUGCUCGAGUGAAAAUGAUGCGAACACAGGAAGCAGCGCGAUUAAAACGAGCUCAGAUGCAAAAGCAACAACGACAACAGCAACAAACAGAAAUUCCUCUUAACAGCUUCGACGGCGAGUAA